AGCGGGGGCGCGGGCGCGCUCCGGGCCGAGCUCGCCGCGGCGGCGGAAAAGUUGCGGGGCGGAGAGAGCGCGAGCUAGCGAGGCGAGAGCGGGGAGAGCGGCCCGGCCAUGGACGACCUCGACGCCCUGCUUGCGGACCUGGAGUCCACCACCUCCCAUAUCUCCAAACGGCCUGUGUUCCUGUCUGAAGAGACCCCUUAUUCCUACCCGACGGGGAACCACACGUAUCAAGAGAUAGCAGUACCCCCACCGGUCCCUCCACCCCCCUCUAGCGAGGCGCUCAACGGCACUGUUCUCGACCCCCUGGACCAGUGGCAGCCCAGCGGCACCCGAUACAUCCACCAGCAGCCUCCGCCCCAGUCUCCCGUGUACAACUCCAGUGCGAAAAAUCCCAGCGUCCCUGUGUCCCGGGACAGCCUUGGGUCCCCCUGCCCCCGUGGAGCCAGCGAGGAGGAGCACGUGUACAGUUUCCCCAACAAGCAGAAAUCAGCUGAGCCGUCCCCCACCAUCAUGAGCUCCUCACUGGGCAGUAACCUGUCAGAACUUGACCGCCUUCUCCUGGAAUUGAAUGCUGUCCAGCACAGCCCUGCUUCUGGCUUCUUGUCAGAUGACACUAACCAGAGCCCUCCACUGCCCGGGGGGCUGAGUGCUCACUAUGGCAUCCCCGAGAACAACAGCCCCUUGGGGGGAAAGGUCACCCCUCCGGUGAAAGAGAAGCCCAAGCGGAAUGGGGCCCGGGGUCUGGAGGAUGUGAGACCCAGCGUGGAGAGCCUUUUGGAUGAGCUGGAGAGCUCCGUGCCCAGCCCUGUCCCAGCCAUCACUGUGAACCAGGGUGAGAUGAACAGCCCUCAGCGCAUCACAUCCAGCCAGCAGCAGACCCGAAUCUCAGCUUCCUCAGCCACCAGGGAGCUGGACGAGCUGAUGGCCUCCCUCUCGGACUUCAAGUUCAUGGCCCAGGGGAAGGUGGGGAGCAGCUCCCCACCCGGCGGGCCCCCGAAGCCCGGAAGCCAACUGGACAGCAUGCUGGGGAGCCUGCAGUCAGACCUGAACAAAUUGGGGGUGGCCACGGUCGCCAAAGGUGUCUGUGGGGCCUGCAAGAAGCCCAUUGCUGGACAGGUGGUGACGGCAAUGGGGAAGACCUGGCACCCGGAGCAUUUCGUCUGCACCCACUGCCAGGAAGAGAUCGGCUCCCGGAACUUCUUUGAACGCGAUGGGCAGCCCUACUGUGAAAAAGACUACCACAAUCUCUUCUCUCCUCGAUGCUUCUAUUGUAACGGGCCCAUCUUGGAUAAAGUGGUGACGGCCUUGGACCGAACUUGGCACCCCGAGCACUUCUUCUGUGCUCAAUGUGGAGCUUUCUUUGGACCAGAAGGGUUCCAUGAGAAAGAUGGGAAGGCAUAUUGUCGAAAAGAUUACUUUGACAUGUUUGCCCCUAAGUGUGGAGGCUGUGCCCGGGCCAUCCUAGAGAACUACAUCUCUGCACUCAACACCCUCUGGCACCCCGAGUGUUUCGUCUGCCGGGAAUGCUUCACCCCCUUCAUCAACGGCAGCUUUUUCGAGCACGACGGGCAGCCCUACUGUGAGGUGCAUUACCACGAGCGUCGCGGCUCGCUCUGCUCCGGCUGCCAGAAGCCCAUCACGGGCCGCUGUAUCACCGCCAUGGCCAAGAAGUUCCACCCGGAGCAUUUUGUCUGCGCCUUCUGUCUCAAGCAGCUCAACAAGGGCACCUUCAAGGAACAGAACGACAAGCCCUACUGUCAGAACUGCUUUGUCAAGCUCUUCUGCUAGAGCCCCCUGGGGGGGGCCCCCGGGGACCCAGAGACGUGGCAGGGGGAGGGGGCUUUGGCAUUGGAGCCUGCUCCUGAGGCCAGACCUGGCAGGGGAAUCACACCUGUUUCUGGUUUCCUCUUCCCAGGCAUCUCCCCAGGCCCACUUCCCUCCCCCUUCCUCUGUUCUCCCUGCCUCUCUCUCUUUUAUGGGGGGAGAGAUCCUUCGUGGCCUGGGGAACCAGGCAGGUUUCCUCCUUGCCGUGCAGAGCCUGGCACCCCACACUGGAAUCAUUUCUUAGCCAGGUCACUGGGCAUCCCCAGAACCAGGGCUGCCCAUUCAGGGAGUUUUUGAGGGGCAGAACUUUCCUAACCUCUUGUUUCUCCUUUUGCCCUCUCCUCCCUUCCUCCCCCUCCCCCUCCUCCUUCCUCCUCCUCCCCCUCCUCAUCCCCUGGUUCAACACUCUGGAGGGCAGCCAGCUCCUGCCAAGUGAAUGCCAGCAUCAGCCCACUUGGGGAGAAGGCAGGCUAGGAGACACUGAGGUGGGCGGGGAAGUUCCCAGGGUCCCUCUCUCCUCCGGCUGCCCCUGGCCAUUCUGUCCUCCACCUGAGGCCUCCUUUCUAGUGGCUUUUAUUCACUUGGUUCUACUGAGAAAGGACUCUCCAGCAAUAAUAUUUUAUAUUGACUUUGUGGGUGGCUGAGCCCAGGCUCUGGGCUCCAGGACUAGUGGGCCCACCAUGGGCAUGGCCCCCGGACCGGACUCUGUCCCAUGUUUGAUAGAUUUCUACACUGAGGUUUGAAUUCCUAUUUGUCUGGGUUGCUUUUAAUUCUCUAUGAAAUGAUUUUGAAAAGAUUUUUAAGAUGUUCCUUUUGGUCCUGUCCUUUCCCUGCUCUCGGGCCCCCUGGGGGCAAUGACCCAGGCAGCUUUGCUACCCAGCACUCUUAACCAAUAGGGUUUUCUUUGUACUGAGGGCUUCUGGGUGAGAGAGGCAGCCAGUAUCUUUUUCUAGCACAAACCAGUUGAACUGGGAGUUGCCUUUUUUUAUUCACUCCCUCACAGUUCACCUAGAACAUUUUGUAAACUGCUGUAUUCAGACCCCCUUCCUCCUUGACUCUGUCAACUGGGGUCUCAGCUAACGUAGCCCACUUGCCUGCCUUUAUGAGAGAGGUCAGCAUAUAAUGUGUGUUAGGCGGUGAGGAGAGACUGGGGCAGGGGGGACACAUGGGGAUUUCCCGAUUUCCGCUGUAAUAAGCCAUAUUGGGGGCGGAGAUCCUACAUCCAGGUCCUCCUUGUGUCUUCUGAGUUCCCUCAGGGCCCUGCUCCAGCAUGCCCAGUAGAGGUCAGGGGGCUGCCUUCUGCCUCUGGGCUUCCUUCUAAGUGUGGUAAGCACCUUUUGUACCAUGUUUUCCUGUUCUUUGGGAAACCUGGGGAUGGAGUGAUGGAGAAAUAGAGAUUCCUUCUUAAGGAAAGAGUAGUGGAGCCAGCAGGUGCUCGGGACCUCCAGCCUCUGCUGCCCCAGCUACGUCCCCGCUUUGUCUUGACAGUAACGAGUGUUUGGAAAAUUCUUGGCAGAGAAACCCAAUUGAAACUGAUGGUGGUGGCAAAGGUGCCUUGCUCUCACUCUGGGCCAUCAAAUAUUCUCGAGUGCCUGAGGCCGGUUCUUGGGAGAAUCCUGUCCCAGUGAAACGGUGGCUUCCCUGAGUCACCAGGUGGAGCUACCGGCUCUGCCCACUCCUGGGCCUCCCCCGGUCAUUGGGAAUGCCUGCAGACAAGGCCCAAGGCAAUCUGGGUCUAGUAGGGGCCGUGGCAGUCAGUCGGGAUCUCAGUGCACACAGCUUUCUGGUUCAGUUAGCUGAAUAAAAGCCAGGAGCUGUCCAGGCCAGCUCAGCUCUGUUUUUGGGGUGUCUGUAUGUCCGCCUCGAGGCCUUAGUGCUCUGUUUACAGUGACCUGUCCCUGUCCCUCCCCUUUGGAGUCAGGGACAUCUGGGGGAUGCCUCUCUGGGUCAACGGUUUGAUUUGAUUUUUCUUCCCUAUGAACUUCUAACCUUGCUUUUCCCAUUUAAAUUCCUGUGAUUUAUGCCAAUAAAAUUUGCCAUUAUUUUCACCUUG